CUCCUCAAAUUUCACCACUGCCUUGAACUGGCAUGCAGGUAAACGCGUGGCGUGUCUCGGGUUGGUGGUAAUGAUGUGAUGUGACGCUGGGUGGCGCAGUUCCUUGUCAGGUGCCUAUCCCAUCGGCACCUUUAGGUGGCCGCACGUACACCCAUGCUGCUGCUGCUGCUGUUGCUGCUUCUUCUGCUGCUACUCCAUUGCCUCGCUGCCGUGCUGCCCACUUCUCCCCCCCCCCCCCCUCCUCCUCGCAGGGGAAGCUGACUUGAUGCACAUAAUAAAUCACCUCUGCAAGAUUUGCCCCCCCCCCCUCCGCCCCGACCCCCUCCUUUUUUUCCCUUCUUUUUUCGUCCAAGCCCGAUUUGAAAGCUGCGCGCGUUGGAUUGGAGACCGUCGAAUCAUUUCAACGUGAUUCAGCGCCACAAGCAACGUGGGUGUUGUGCGUGCGCGUGAGCGGCGCCUUUGCGCGCGCGUGUGGUGUUUUCCUUUUUAUUUAUUUUAUUUGUCGUUUUCAUGCGCGAAUGUGAUGAGGAGCGGAGGAAGAGGCGGGAGCGGUAGCUAUGAGGCGCUUGUCAUCCCCACUCGAUUUCACCUGUAUGAACGACCUUGCCAUUGUGACCGAAAUGUUCCUAAAAGACUUUCCAUGGAGGAUAUACUUGUCGCCCAUUCCCUGAGAACUGAACCUGAUCGCUGUUGGUUUCAAGACACUCAAAGAUAAGCGGUCAAGUGCUGUCUCACCAGGAUCACAAGUGCCAUUUCAAAGCUUAUUGGAUGAAAGCGUCAUUUGCCCUUGGUUGCCAAAGAUGACGUUGCCAUGGAAACAGAUUCUGCUGUUAUCGAUCAUCGAGUGUUUGGCAGAUUGUCUGGACAGUGGCUUGUACCACGGUCCAAGAUGGAGGAUGGAGCCAGGUGAUCUAUUUAUUCCAGUGGACUCCAUUGAGGAAGAGGCGACUCUGACUUGUGACGCCAAGAGUACCCCGCCUCCUCAGUACAGAUGGUCGCUGAAUGGGACUUUCAUAAAUCUGAGCCUGGAUCGACGGCGGCGUCUGUCAGGGGGCAACCUCAUUAUCAGCAGCCUGGACCGCUACCGGGAUGUAGGCGUGUACCAGUGUAUGGCGUACAACACUGCAGGAGCGAUCCUCAGCAGGAGAGCACAUCUCAAGUUUGCCUACUUGGAUCAUUUCAAAGUCCACACCAGAAGCGCCGUGUCCGUUCGAGAGGGACAAGGAGUGGUGUUGCUCUGCGGAACGCCCACGUCCUCAGGAGAUCUUACAUAUGCAUGGGUGUUUAACGAAUACCCGUACUUCGUCCAGCAAGACAAUCGCCGCUUCGUCUCUCAGCAGACGGGAAACCUUUACAUCGCCAAGGUGGAGCCGUCCGACGUGGGCAACUACACUUGUGUCGUGAUGAACAGCGUCACAAAGGGCAAAGUUCACAGCUCGCCGACAUCUCUCAUCCUCAGGACAGAUGGAGUGAUGGGUGAAUACGAGCCAAAAAUAGAAGUUAAUUUCCCAGACAAUGUACCCGCCGCAAAAGGAUCAACAGUUACGCUGGAGUGUUUCGCUCUCGGGAAUCCUGUCCCGGAGAUCACUUGGAAGAGGGCUAAUGGAGUUCCGUUCCCCAGCAAAGUCAAAAUGAAGUACGCCAACGCCGUGCUGGAGAUCCCCAGCUUCCAGCAGGAAGAUACGGGGGGAUAUGAGUGUGUGGUUGAGAAUAAGAUGGGCAAGAAUACCGCCGCUGGACUGCUGGCUUUUUAUGCCAAGCCUCAGUGGAUUCAGACCAUGAAGGACACAGCCUUGGCCAUAGAGGACACUUUGGACUGGGAGUGCCGGGCCAGCGGCAAACCCAAACCUAUUUACACGUGGCUGAAGAACGGCCAGCCGCUGCUCUCCAGGGAUAGGAUCCUUGUGAAGGACGGCGCUCUCUCUGUGUCCGUUCUAACGCUUUCCGAUGCCGGAAUGUACCAGUGCGUGGCCGAGAACGAGCACAGCAUUAUAUAUUUUGCUGCCGAACUAAUGGUUUUAGCCUCUCCUCCGGACUUCACCGGGACUGUCCUCAGAGCUUUGCUUAAGGCCAAGGUAGGAAGCAUAGUGACACUGGAGUGUAAACCUCAAGCAUAUCCCUUGGCAAGCAUUUUAUGGAAGAAAGGGAACCUUCCUAUUCUCACCAAUAACAGGAUCACCCUUUCUCCAGAUGGAACGCUGAGGCUUGCCAACGUGAGCAAGUCCGAUGCAGGCAGCUAUACGUGCUUCGCUCGGAAUCGAUUUGGCAUGUCUAGUACAACUGGAAGGCUCCUUGUCACAGAUCCGACCAGAAUUACCCAGGGCCCACUAGACAUGGAAAUCAUCGUAGGAGAGAGCAUCGUGUUACCCUGUCAAGUGAGCAGCGAUCCGGUCCUCGACGUUUCCUUUUCCUGGGCCUUCAACGGACAGCUCAUUGCCAAUGAUGACGGUCACUUCGAGCUAGUGGGCGGAAGAACUGCGGGAGAUCUGAUGAUCAGGAAUAUUCAGCUAAACCACACGGGCAAAUACAUCUGCGUGGUGGACACGGAUGUGGAAAGCCUCUCGGCCGUGGCUGUAUUGAUCGUGAAAGGCCCGCCAAGCCCACCGGAGUCUGUGACAGUGGAGGAGGUGACAGACAGCACAGCCCAGCUGGUGUGGACCCCCGGCCGGGACAACGGGAGCCCUCUCAUCAGUUACAUCGUUCAGACCAGGACGCUUUUCACUGUGGGCUGGCAAAGGGUGAACACUGUUCCAGAGACAAUUGACGGGAGCACCCUGACGGCCACUGUGGUGGAUCUUAAUGCCUGGGUGGAGUAUGAGUUUCGGGUAUUGGCCAGAAACAGCGUCGGAGUUGGAGAACCCAGCCCUGUGUCACUCAAGACAAGGACAGAGGAUGCAGUGCCUGAUGCGGCGCCAGGUGAUGUGGGCGGAGGAGGCGGAAGCAGGUCAGAGUUGGUCAUCACAUGGGAGCCUGUCCCUGAAGAACUGCAGAAUGGCGAAAGCUUUGGUUACAUCAUUGCUUUCCGCGCCUUCGGAGAAGUCAGCUGGACCCACGUGGCCACCUCUGCCCCUGGCGCAUCCCGCUAUGUGUACCGCAAUGAAAGCAUUGCGCCCUUUUCGCCGUUCCACGUCAAGGUCGGCACGUAUAACAGCAAAGGGCAGGGUCCCUUCAGCCCCGUGGUCACUAUCUACUCCGCGGAGAUAGAGCCAAGCGGGCUGCCUGUGGGAGUUUGGGCCAGAAGCGUCUCAGCCUAUGAGAUCGAAGUGAAUUGGCAGGCUCUCUCGUUCACCCCUGAAAGGGUUCUCGGCUAUGAGGUGGUGUACUGGGAAGACGACACAAAACCAGAAACCAUGGGGAAGGUUCGCGUUCCGUGGAACCACACCUCGGUGACAGUUAGCGGCUUGGCAGGGCACACGCAGUAUUUCCUGACUGUCAGCGCCUUCAACACAGCGGGCACCGGCCCCUUCCUUCCUGCAAUCAAUGUUACCACAAAAAAACCUCCACCAUCGCAACCGCCGCUGGAAAUUGAAUGGACUCUAAUUGGCUCCCAACUUUCUCUCUACUGGGAGCCUGUGGUGGCAUUGGAGUCAGAGUCAGAAGUUACAGGUUACCAAUUGUCAUACAGGAGAAGUCAACUCAAAGAUGUAAACACGCUCACAACUACCAAUUCAACAGCGGAGUUGAAGCUCCCUGAGGUCGACGAUGAAUACAUCAUUCAUAUUCAGUCCCUGAGUGAAGGAGGCCUGGGCCCCGCUUCAGAUGCCAUUCGAGUCCACCAGCUUAGUAUGAGCGCUCGCGGCUCGAGAGCCUUGAAUGCCGACGCAUCGCUGCCCACCCUGCUCCUCCCUGUUGUAAUAUCGACAUUCAGGUUGACACUGUGAUGCUUUUGCUCUAUUUUGUCUGAUUUUAUUUACAUGUUGUCAUGCGUCUCUUUUGGUUUGGAGAUAUUUUGCGGGUAUGAGGUGGAAGCGGAGUGGAAGCAUUGGCCUUUAGUUUCCUCUCUACUCGAGAAUGAUGCAGAUGCCUUACUUCCAUUCAUGUGCCGCAGUCGUUUCAGCCUUCCUAUUGUUAUGAUCCCAUACACAGACCCUCAUUAAUGAAGAUCUUUGCGUAUUCUAGGCGAGCAAAUGAGAAGUUGUCUUUUUUUUUGUUUUUUUUCUUCCUCCGAAUUGGCAAGCAGGAGCACAAUACUUCGCAUGCAUCCGUGCCUUUCAAGCUCAUUGACAGAGGAAAGCGACUCUUAACAGCUAUCUUCAUCUUUACUUGCUUGUUGGCGGUCCUGUUCCAGAGUCCGAGUCAUAAAAGUCAAUUUACCUUCUGUGAUUUGAUGACGGAGCACUUCGUUUAGCAUGAGGGCUCUUCAAGGUUUUUUUAUGCUUGGGAGCAGUCCUUGUGGUUUCCCGCAAACUGAUGGAUCGGAUUUUACUGAGCAUUUACCAAGACUGCAUCUGUGUGGAGAUUGAGUCAGAGAGGUCUUCAAGUACCGUGGCGGUGCAAAAUCAAUCAGACUUUUACUUUGGUUUCGGGUCGGUGGCAUGAGGAUCGAUACAUCACAAGCUACCUAGAUGGCACUUUAUAUUACAGCACCUAAUAGAUAAAUAUUAAGAGAUCACCAUUAAAACAUAAUUACCAAAAUAAUGACUAGGUCAUGUGCCGAUGUAUUUUUGUCACGUAGCAAGGUGGUGG